AUUAGUAUUUUGUGUACCUAUGUUUGAUAAAUUUUAUCAUUAUGAUUUCUUUUUACAGGAUGGCACCGCAGGAUGAAUGGCAAGGCCGGUCGAGCGAACCUCCCCUUCUACCUCCUGGUCCCUCUCAUGAAGAAGGAAGGAGAGAUAGUGAAUCUUCAGAUGCGUCUCGUGGGAGAAAACCUGUUGGCUCGCCACCAGACCACCACCUACAAGCGUGUACAGGGCAAGAUCUUUGCCCUGUGGGACCGGCUUGACUCUGGUGAUCCGGACAACCGCCUCACAACAUCAGACUUCCUGCGGAAGGUGGGAAACAUCUACGCACCCAGAGAGUGAUCAUUUCGGACAAAUAGUGUAGGACAGUGAA